UGGUUUUUCUUCUGGCAGCGAGAAGAAACAGGGGCUUGUGAGACUGCUCGGCGCUCUCGCUCCCAUUACAGCACUAUUCCUGCAUGGAAAUGAGCUGACAGUCAUCGACACGCACACAAUACGGACUAUCCAUUCCAGGGGAAUAUUCCUGCCCGUCCAUCCCGGAGCUCCAUCCUGCAUCCUCCUCCGUGUAAACCGAGGAUUUCAAUGUCUGUCUCGUGGAGGCCCUGCCGUAGCUCAGCACCCUAUGUACGGGUCCGCGAUGGAACGUAAUAGAAUGGCGUCUCCUGCACGUCCUCUGUCUGUCGGUCUCGUAGCCGCCUUUUCUCCGAUGUUCCUCACGCCCUCUUCUUUCGUCUUGGCCUAAGUCUUCUCCUGCCUCCUAUGACUUGGUACCAACACCACUCUCCAAAAAUGUACCCCCUAUGUUUAACUUUGCCUCAAAAAUACACCACGCUCUCGCUGUAGAGGAUUAUUGCCCAUUUGUUACCCAAUUUUUUAUUUUAUUUUAUUUUUUCUUUCAAAUUUUAUUACUUUUUUUUUUUUUUAUAAUACUCCAACAACAACCACCCCCCAUCAAUUCAAAAUGAAUGUUUUUGCAUAAAAUAUUUUUUGUUUCACCAAUACUUUAUUUUUUAAACCUUUUUUGGGAAGUUUCGGCCUCCGGGAAGUUUCAAGAGGUUCUCAGGAGACCAAUUUAUUUUUUUCCCCCUCUCAUGGCGCCGGAUCUUCGAGCCCCCUUCAUGCUCUGGCUUCUGGCCGCUUGCCCUGUGUCGGGGCAAAAGGGAGAUGAGAAAUAUCCUGUGGUCAACACAAACUAUGGGAAAUUGCGUGGCGUGAAGAAAGACUUGAACAAUGAGAUCCUGGGCCCCGUCGUGCAGUACCUGGGGGUGCCUUACGCCACCCCGCCCAUUGGAGAGCGCAGGUUUCAGCCGCCCGAGGCGCCGGCAUCUUGGACGGAAGUACGGAACGCCACCACCUUUGCCCCUGUUUGCCCACAAAACUUGCACGGAAUGUUACCUGGAAUUAUGCUGCCUUUAUGGUUCACCGAGAACAUGGACGUGGUGGCCGGAUACGUACAAAACCAGAGCGAGGAUUGCCUGUACCUCAACAUCUACGUCCCCUUGGAAGAUGGUCCCCUUUCCAAAUCUCGGGAGGAAUCCAGAAAAUCUCAGCACACUCCAGACGAAGAUAUCCGGGACAGCGGCAAGAAACCCGUCAUGAUGUUCAUCCAUGGGGGAUCUUACAUGGAAGGGACGGGGAACAUGUUCGAUGGCAGCGUGCUGGCCGCUUACGGCAACGUCAUCGUGGUCACUAUGAACUACCGGCUGGGAGUCCUUGGGUUCCUGAGUACGGGGGAGCAGGCGGCAAAAGGUAAUUACGGCCUUUUGGACCAGAUUCAAGCAUUGCGAUGGCUGGAAGAGAACAUCGGCCAUUUUGGAGGAGACCCGGAGAGAAUUACCAUCUUUGGGUCGGGAGCUGGAGCGUCCUGCGUCAGCCUUCUCAUCCUAUCCCACCACUCUGAAGGUCUCUUCCAGAAAGCCAUUGCGCAGAGCGGUACGGCCAUAGCUAGCUGGUCCGUCAACUAUGAACCCCUGAAGUACACUCGCAUGUUGGCGGCCAAGGUGGGGUGCGACUAUCCCGACAAUAUUGAGAUGGUAAGCUGCCUCAGGCGGAAGCCGUACCGAGACCUGGUGGACCAGGACAUCCAGCCAGCUCGAUACCACAUUGCCUUCGGUCCCGUUGUGGACGGAGAUGUAGUUCCAGAUGAUCCAGAGAUUUUGAUGGAGCAAGGAGAGUUUCUAAACUAUGAUAUACUGAUGGGGGUGAACCAAGGAGAGGGCCUUAAAUUUGUAGAAGACACAUUGGAGAGUGAGGAUGGAAUAUCCGCCAGCUACUUCGACUUCACAGUGUCCAAUUUUGUGGACAACCUCUACGGCUACCCAGAUGGAAAAGACGUGCUACGUGAGACCAUCAAAUUCAUGUACACUGACUGGGCCGAUCGUGACAAUGGCGACAUGAGGAGGAAGACUUUGCUAGCUCUUUUUACAGACCAUCAGUGGGUGGCACCAGCUGUGGCAACAGCUCGCUUUCACGCUGAAUAUGAAUCGCCUGUUUUCUUCUAUGCGUUUUACCACCGCUGCCAGGCAGAGGGGAGGCCAGAAUGGGGUGAGGCAGCCCACGGUGAUGAAGUUCCUUAUGUCUUUGGUGUGCCCAUGGUGGGGGCUACAGACCUGUUCCCCUGCAACUUUUCCAAGAACGACGUUAUGCUGAGUGCAGUGGUCAUGACCUAUUGGACCAACUUUGCUAAGACUGGGGAUCCCAACCAUCCGGUCCCUCAGGACACCAAGUUUAUCCACACAAAACCCAACCGCUUUGAGGAGGUGGUAUGGACAAAGUUUAACCCUAAAGAGAAGCAGUACCUACACAUUGGCCUAAAGCCUCGGGUGCGGGAUAAUUACCGCGCCAAUAAGGUUGCCUUCUGGUUGGAAUUAGUCCCUCAUCUUCACAACCUGAACACGGUUCAGCAUCCUUCAACCACCACAAAAUUACCCCCCUACAGCACCCGCUGGCCGACUGGUACCAGGAUAACCGGCGGCAGUACCACCCGGCGACCGCAUGCCACACUUCCUCCUGAAGACUAUGAUUCAACUGGUGGACCGGUGGAACGACCUCGAUACCCCCCUUUCCCUGGGGACACCCGUGACUAUUCAACUGAGUUGAGUGUUACCGUAGCCGUCGGAGCUUCUCUCCUCUUCCUCAACAUCCUGGCCUUUGCUGCUCUUUAUUACAAGAGGGAUCGGCGUCAUGAACUCCGACAAAGGCGACACAGUCCCGGACGAGGAGGAGCUCCCGGCAAUGACCUGGCACAUCAUGGACCGGAAGAAGAACUGAUGUCCCUUCAGAUUAAGAGGGCUGGAGGAGCUCCUGAUCUUGAACCUCUAAGGCCACAUGAUAUACUGCGCCCAGCUUGCCCUCCCGACUAUACACUGGCGUUAAGAAGGGCCCCUGAGGACGCUCCACUUCCACCGCCACCUCCACCUCCUGGCUCUGUCAUGGCUCCAAGCACCAUCUCGGGCCUACCCUCUUUACAUCCCUUUAAUACAUUCCCCACCACUGCUCACAACAAUACCCUGCCCCACCCGCAUUCAACCACAAGGGUAUAGUGGUACCAGGCAUCUCUCCCUCUACCCAUACAUUGCCCCGUCUCCCCCUUCCUCUUGCGAACAGCAACAUUGGCUAUCUGGGCCUACCAAGCCUGAGCUGGAUUUUGCCUUAUGGCAGGGGAUGGGGGUAGAUGAAAAAACUUGUUUAAUAUGAGGGGGCCAGAAAGGAACUACCCAGUAUCCCCAUGCCCCUUCUCCUCCUCAGGCUUUAUAAACUGCUCCCAAGAUCAACAUUCAGGACUGUGACACCUGGACUUCAACUUCUGCCUAUGUCAUGGGGGAAACAGGGUCGAAAAAACUAAAAAAUAUGAUGGGGCAGUUAUUUAAUGGGAUGUAGGGAAAGAUAUGAAAUUUUGAUCCAAUAAAUUAUACCCCCCUGUUGGGGGGAGAGUUGCUAAAGGAGGAAAAGAGGCCUAUGUGACUAGGCCGAAGCCUCCAACUGACUCAACUUGUACACCUGCUUUAUUUUUAUUCACGGACAAUAUCCAAUGGAUGGGGGAUGUUACGCCAGGCGCGAGCCUCACACAGAUAGCCUGUGUCUGGUGCGUUCAAUGCACUGAACCUUCAAGGACUCAAAUGCUCUCGAACAGCUGAAAAAAAUUGCCGUCACCAGAAGAGGGGAACAUAAGAGCUAUCCCCUGCAAUGGAGAAAGGGGGCAGGGGGUGAAUGUACAGGGGAGGGGGUGAAUGCAUGAGAGGCCAAAAUUAAGCCCCUCCCCCUUAAAAAAAAAUACAAAACACAGUGCCAAUGAUCCCCUUCCACCGCUUCGGCAAGGUGGGCCUGCUCCUAUCUCAAAGGGGGUGCUCAAAUGGUAAUAGGUGUAUCGCCUCUCCACUGCCAUAGUCCCCAUGACCCCUCUGGGUAGAUCAAAGGGGGGAAGGGAACUGUAUGUGUGCCAAAAUAAUAGUGAGGGAGUGUCUUAUACGACGGAUCUUUGCUCUCUAUUUUCCUAUAUUACGUUUCGUAUAUUACGACCAUUGCCAUCACGUACUCUUGCUUCUUCUCACUCUCGAUUAACCCCGAGCAAGCCCUUCAUUCUUUAUGUGUACCCCUCUCCCUCGUAAAAAAAAGAACAACAACCGUUUACCCACAUCCACUUCUGUUCUUAUUCUCAUUACCUAUAGUCCCCCUCUUUAUCUCUCUCUCUCCCCCCCCACCCCUUUUUCCAGCUCUUCCUUCACAGAACCUGGCUGAGCCCCCAUCCCACAGGGGCUAGCGAUCAGAAGCACAUGGAAACCAGCUAUCCCGGCACGGACAUCGGGAUCAGAUCACAAGGAGACAGGAGUUUACGGGAAUCAUUGGCAGCAGGCUUCGAUGUUUACAAGAAGAUUAGACAGGAACGAUUGGUCCCAAACAGGGAGACCGCAUUAUUUAAUAGGGCACAGGGUCAACCAAUCACAGGAUCUCUGUUUUUUUUUUUUUUUGUUUGUUUUUU